AUGAACGUCGAGAACUGUAAAGCAACGAGACCUUCUCAGCCUCUCUCUCCUCAAAACGUCCGAGAUCUAUUCGCUUCUGUUGAUGCUUUUCUCUUCGAUUGCGAUGGUGUAAUUUGGAAGGGCAAUACGCUCAUUGAUGGUGUUCCCCAGACAUUGGAAAUGCUUCGAUCCAAGGGGAAGAAACUUGUGUUUGUGACCAACAAUUCGACCAAGUCUAGAAGGCAAUAUGCUGAGAAGUUUCAGUCCCUUGGAAUUCCCGUUUGUGAGGAUGAGAUAUUCUCCUCAUCUUUUGCUGCCGCUAUGUACUUAAAACUCGUUGACUUUCCUCGAGAUAAGAAGGCUAGUUUUUAUUUUGCCUAAAUUUAUUGAGUCAAUGCUCAGCAAUUUAAACUAGAGAGAUGCAAUGCUAUAUAAGUAAGAGAUAUUGAAGUGAAAAACUUGACUCAAGAACUUUUUAUAGUUGCCACUGUGUGCUAGUCAAGUGAAUGACUAUGAUGUAUUACGUUAUCAAAGUUCCGAUUCAGAAAACAUUUGGCCAUGAUUUUGUCUAAUUAUUGGAUAAUGAAAAUAAAAUAUAUGUUUCUUCCAUUAUCUUUUAUUAGUGGUGCACUGCAAGAGUGAUUGGGCCUACAUGCUCCUUGGGAGACUUACUUUGCAACAAGAUUGUUCCUGACUACCAAUGUAGAUGUCCAAAUAUUCAAAAUCUUAAUUUUUUGGUGCUUGUGGCUUAUCAAUUUUAAAAUUUAUCAUCCUUAUCCACAUACCAAAUUCACUGCUCUCGGAAACUCUAUUUAUUUAUGUUAGAGUGUUACUUUCCUAUUAUUUAACUUUCAUAUUAUGUUUCUU